UCUGCUUUCCGUCCACCACUCCCAAACCCCUAUUUCAUAGGAUUCCUCGAACUCUGUUAUUUUUGAAAUUUUCAUGGCACCCAUCCCUUUCUUAUCACUUCUUUUGCUCUUCUCAUUAACUUUCCCAUCUUCUUCCUCAGCCUUCGAACAACAACAAUCACCCCUCCUUAAAUACCAUCAUGGUCCUCUUCUUAAGGGUAAUAUUACUGUUAAUCUCGUUUGGUAUGGGAAGUUCUCAUCUACGCAGCGUUCCAUAAUCGUCGACUUUUUGAACUCUCUCAGCAAGCCCAAGACGACGUCAUCCCCCUCUGUCUCCUCCUGGUGGCGAACGACUGCCAAAUACAGGGGAGGUUCCAGCAGCGUUGUUGUAGGGAAGCAAACUCUCGAUGACAAGUACUCUUUAGGCAAAGCUCUUAAAACUUCCCAACUCAAAGUUUUGGCUUUCAAAUAUGGAUAUGGAGAUGGUAAAGCGGUCAACGUUGUUUUGACUUCCGCUGACGUGGCGGUCGAUGGUUUCUGCAUGAGCCGGUGCGGUACGCAUGGUUCGGUUCAGGUUAAGAAGAGCAGGUUCCCUUACGCUUGGGUAGGUAACUCGGUGAGUCAGUGUCCUGGUUAUUGCGCGUGGCCGUUUCAUCAACCCAUGUACGGGCCGCAAACUCCACCCUUGGUUGCUCCUAACGGAGACGUAGGGGUGGACGGAAUGGUGAUCAACUUGGCAACGGUUUUGGCGGGAACCGUGGUGAACCCGUACAACAACGGGUACUUUCAAGGGCCAGCAGAGGCGCCGCUGGAGGCGGUGAGCGCGUGUACGGGGAUAUUCGGGAAAGGAGCUUUCCCGGGGUAUCCGGGAAAGGUUUUGGUGGGCGAAACUACGGGGGCUAGCUAUAACGCAGUUGGGGUUAACGGGCGUAAGUAUUUGCUCCCAGCGAUGUGGGAUCCUCAAACCUCGACAUGCAAAACUCUGUUAUGAAGCAAACAAAACUAAGAAUAGGAAUGAAGGACAUCUUAAUGUUAUUACGUAUCUAUAUUAUGAAAUCCAUCCGUUAUUGUUCUGUACAAACACAGUCUGUAAAAAUAUUGUAAUAAAUUUGUACGUGAUGCAUCAUUUCAAUUAAAUUUUGUAAAA